AUGCGCAUCCGCAAAGCCCCCGCAGGCGCCUUCGUGGUAAUAUGUCUGCUUGCGUCGGCUGCCGGCUUUGGCCGCUCGCAGCUGCCGCAAUACAAGCAGAGUGACAAGGUCCUUCACUUUGUCACUUUUUUCCUGCUCACGCUAUGCUUCUACUGGAUUGUGGAAACGAACCGCCGCCGCGUCAUCCAGAUGACCUUGUUUGUCUGCACACUGGCACUUGGCAUCGGCUCCGAAAUCAUCCAAAGCCUGCUCCCCAAUGACCGCAUGUUCGACCCCUUCGAUAUUCUGGCCAACAUAGUCGGUUCCGUCGCUGCCGUCCUGCUCAGCAGCUGGUACCACAAGCGCAUGCUCGAGCGCAAGCGCCGCGCGAAACACUACCAGGCCGUCCCUGGCGAGGAUCUGGACGUUGAACUGGGCGAGAACGUGCAUAACGGUGGCGAAGGCGGCCAGGAAUCCGGCGUCGUUCGCGAGGGCAUGACCGUCGAGGAGGAACUGGACAACUGGGACGAGAACGCCGAAGACGACUGGGCGCCUGAGGAGCCCAACGGCGGUGCCGACACUGCGCAGGCUGGCAAGAGCGACGCCGCUGCGGAGCAGAGCGCCAAAAAGCGGGACGACUAA